UAAGAAAUGGGCCGUCGGUCACGCGUGGACGCAGAUCAUUUCGAGAGCUCGAAGGACAACGAAAAAAGAAAGAAAAUGAGAGAGAGAGAGAGAGAUAGAAGGAUACCAUCGACGCUUUUGCUUCUCGCUUGGCUAAGUUUUAAUGCACGUACUACACAUACGAUCUUAUUCGUUGAAUUGAAUUCUCCUCCAGCGACCUUGGAUCUUGAGAAGCCGUUUCGGAGGGAUGACUACUUUCCCCUCUCUUCAUUAGGAUUUAUCAUUUCGUCGGUGAAUCCGAAAGAAAAAAAAGAACGCGUUCAUAUCUGACGGAAGGAAGUUAUUGUCUUUGUAUUUUUCGUAGAAAAAAGAGAAAGAAAGAGAAAGAGAAAGAGAGAGAGAGAGAGAGAGAGAGAACGAAAAAGAAGAACAUAGUAGUUGAUUAAUCAGCGACUGAAUUAACAAUCGAUUCUUCGAAAUGAUGAGAGACUCACCUUCGGUUUAAAACUCGCGCCAUUUUCACGCUUCCGAGAUCGCGUUCUGUAAUUACGUAAGUAUCUACAUACAUACGUACUUAUUUAAUAUUCACGAGAAGAGAUAGCAGAAGAUGAAGAAAAUGGAGAAUAAAAAGAAAAAGAAAAAAAUACGAAGAAGAAAAACAAAAGAAAGAAAAAAAGAAAGAAAGAAAAGAUAGGAACGACAUAGGGCAGUAGAUCAAACGCGUUAUAAAUGUUUCCUGAGAAUCUCGAUAGUCCAAGCGCGAAAACUAUCGACCACGAUAAAUCAACACUUUCCGUCUUCUUCCGUAUUCCUUUUCUCUAUUCGUACCAUCUUUAUGUGAAAGAAACUAACGUGUUGGGUCAAUCCUCUCUUUAUACAUAGGUACUUCGUUAAUAAUAUUUUCAAUGAUGGUAUAUCUAAGGGAAAAAUGUCAUAAGGAAAAAGAAAAAGACACAACAAAAAAAUACAAUAUGCAAUAAAGAAUGACAUAGUAAGGUGAGACGUAAUGAUACUUGAGUCAAGUAAUGAUCACCAAAGUAACGAUUUCGCUGACAUCAUACCUCACCUAUACUUUUAUACUAAUGUACAUUCUUAUACAAUUAUGCGGUCGGUCGUCGAUUUAAGUAAAUAAACCUGAUAGAAGGGAUUAAAAGAAAAAAAAAUGAGAUAAUGAUUCAUCAACAAAAAAAAAAGAAAGAAAGAAAGAAAGGAAAGAAAGAAAGAAAGAAAAAAAAAGGAAAAAGUAAAAGAUAAUAAUAAAAUAACAGAACCGACUCUAUGUAAUUUCCGUAUCCAGAAAACUCGAGGAUUGUCGGAGUGGUCAGGAAGAGUAGUAGGUGGAAGGAUACAAGGAGAAUUGGAGGGGGGCAAGGAUGAGAGGCUGGGAGGUUCUAAGAGACUCGCGUUUUCACGGGUGUAAGAACACGAGGGUAUUGCGUAAUCAAAGAAUCUGUUGUGUUGCUCCGCAGGAGGGAUCCCUCUAUAUUCCUCUCUCCAACCUCCCUCCUGGGAUCUUCUCUUUCUUCGUUCGUCCGACUUGUGGGAGCCCCAAGAAAGAGGGGCUCUCAAGAAUCCCCCCUUUUUCACUCUUCUGGAUCUCUAAACCCAUAUAUAUACCACCACUUCGUGGCUCUGUUCUUUAAGGAAGACACUUGCGAGUUAUAGCAUCGUCUUCGAAUUUAUUAUUGGUAAACAAAGAUAAAAAGAGAGAGAGAGGGAGAGAGAGAGAGAGAAAGAGAGAGAGAAAGAAAGAGAAAAAGAGAGAAAAAGAGAGAAAAAAAAGAGAGAGAGAGAAAGAGAACCAGCCUAACGAAAAACAAAUCGCGCCAAGAUAAAUGCCAGCCACGUGGAAGGAUACUAAGGACUCCAAGGAGAGAUAGGACUAUUCCGAAAUGAUGAUUUCGAGAUAUCAAGUAUUUGCUGCAAUCGCGCUGUUUACGACUAUCUUGUUUUACCGGACGAUGGCGCAAGUAGAUGGUUACACACCUGGUGUCGAUUAUCCUAUUUACAAUUCCGUACCGUUUGGGCUCACCUUUACCUGCGGAGGAAAAUUGCCUGGAUAUUAUGCGGAUCCUGAAGCAAGAUGUCAGGUUUGGCACUGGUGUUUACCGAACGGUCGGCAAUUCAGUUUUCUUUGUCCUAACGGCACAGUUUUCAGUCAAACGGCACGAGUCUGUGAUUGGUGGUUCAAGGUCGACUGUAACGAUUCUCCGAGACUUUAUGGCAUCAACGAUGACCUCUACAGAGACAUCAAUGGAAACAGGAUUUAAUAUUGUCAAAGAAUUCCCGUAGGAAUAAGUAUAUAUUAAUAAAGGAUUUUUUUCUAUAAA